GGCCCGGAGCGGGAGCCGGAGCGGGGCUGGGGAGCUGCUGCUCCCAGCUGUGAGCUGUGCGUCGGGGCCUCGUUGCAGCACGAGUUGGGGGAGGAGCGAGUUGCCCCCGCCGUUGGAUGGGGGUAUCCCCGAGAGCGCGGCCGGCGGGCGGAGGGAAGAAGUAAACAGUAUCAGGAGAAAGCCUAAGAGAUUACCACAUUGGGCCUGCCAGAAAUUUGAAUCAGCAGCUGUAACACAGAUUUCUGAUAGCCAAAGAAAUGAGAAAAACAUUGAGAAAUAAUCAUGGAAACAUGAAGAUAUCAAGAAUUGCUUAUCCAUUGGGACUGUUUGUCUGUCUGUUCAUAUAUGUUGCAUAUGUAAAAUGGCGAUGGGCCUUUGCUACCCAAAGAAUCUUCAGCAUAACAGAGACUGCUUUGGGGCCGAGAAACCAACAGUACCAUGAGAAAUUGGUGACGGCUAAUCGUGCAGUGUUCUAUGGAAUUAUGUUUGAUGCUGGAAGCACUGGAACCCGAAUACACAUCUUUCAGUUCACCCAGAAUGCAAAAGAAACUCCCAUUUUGACUCAUGAAACUUUCAAAGCCCUGAAACCAGGACUUUCUGCUUAUGCUGAUGAUGUUGAUAAGAGUACUCAGGGAAUAGAAGAACUACUGAAUGUUGCUAAAGAAGAAAUUCCCUUUGAUCUAUGGAAAGUCACACCUUUGGUUCUUAAAGCAACAGCUGGUUUGCGUCUAUUACCAGGUGAAAAGGCUCAAAAGUUGCUACAGAAGGUAAGAGAAGUUUUUCAGGCAUCUCCUUUUCUUGUAGGAGAUGACUGUGUUUCUAUAAUGAAUGGAACUGAUGAAGGAGUUUCAGCAUGGAUCACAGUGAAUUUUUUAACAGGCAAUUUAAACACUCCAGGAAAGAACAGUGUAGGCAUGCUGGAUUUAGGAGGUGGAUCAACACAAAUCACAUUUCUUCCAAAAAUUGAGGUCACCCUCCAAACAUCCCCAGCUGGCUAUAUAACCUCAUUCCAGAUGUUCAAUAGUACCUACAAGCUAUAUUCAUACAGCUACUUGGGACUUGGUUUGAUGUCAGCAAGGCUUGCAAUCUUAGGAGGAGUAGAGGGAAAACCUGACAACGAGUUGGAGCCCUGCUUUCCUCCCAGUUUUAACGGAGAAUGGGAACAUGCUGAAAUAACAUACAAAAUUUCAGGGCACAAAGCAGGGGUUCACCUGUAUGAAUUGUGCUCUCAAAGAGUAUCAGAAAUCCUUCAGAAUAAGGUACAUAAAACUGAAGAAGUCAAGAACUUGGAUUUUUAUGCUUUUUCUUACUAUUAUGAUCUUGCAGCGAAUGUUGGUCUCAUAGAUAAGGAGAAAGGAGGAAGUCUCACAGUUGAAGACUUUGAAAUUGCAGCAAAAUAUGUUUGUAGAACCAUGGAAGUUAACCCACAGAAGAAUCCUUUUAUUUGUAUGGACCUUACCUAUAUUAGUUUGCUACUUCAAGAAUUUGGAUUUCCAAAAACCAAAGUAUUUAAGCUGGCUCGGAAAAUUGAUGAUAUCGAAACCAGUUGGGCUCUGGGAGCCACUUUUCACUACAUUGAUUCCCUCAACAGACAACAGAACAAAGUCUCUUAGUGCCUGAGGCACUCCCUCGAGCCUUAAUUUGGAGAACAUUGCCACAGCCCUUUUUUGAGAAGAGCCCUUGAGCACCUUAAUGAGGGGUCAGUGAUAACACUCUGGAAGUGUUUCCACAAGAGUUGCUACAGUCUCCAUGAGAACCCAACACCUUUGUGGAAUUUGUGUGACUCUGUCUUCUAUUGAACAACAUUUGGGAACAAUUUGGUGAAUAGCCAAGUAAACAUUUCCCAAUUAUGUUCAUUAAAUCCUAAUUUAUUAUGAUUUGAUUUUUAACAGAGAUUUCACUAUUUAUGUUUUGGACAAUUUCUACUGAUCUAAGGAUACCUACAUUGAUGGCAGUGUGUGAGCAAUCAAUUGCUUUGUUUUAUUCAGUCCAGAAUGCAUUUUUAACCCAAGUUUGAACGUGUGUAACUUGUACAGUGUCCAUAUAAUCCAUACUUGAUAGCAAGAUACACUUCUCUAGCUCUUCUUGCAGAGCAUUGUGUGACCCCUAGAUCACUUUUCCUUUCCUUAAAAGAUUAUUUCACCUCACACUAGUUUUAUGUGGACAGAAGAGUGGUGAGCAAUUUAGGCCAGUUUUCUUCAGUCAGUAGAUGGUCAGGACCCCCACAGCUAGUAAAGCAUUGUGAAAAGGAGGGUGCACUGACAGAUUUCCUCAGCUUUUCUAAUACUGUGAAGCCCCCCUUAUGACAUGUGAAUUGUAUCUGCUUGUUUACUUUCAUAGUUAACCCUAACUUCUCUACCUACUCCCAGGAGAAGUUAGUGAAGAGGUAACAUAGAUCUUGAUGGUUUUUUUGUGUCUUCCCUGUGGGUUGACAAAAUGAAAAUUAUGUUCCAGUAAAAUAGACUAAUCCUAAGGGUGGUUUAUAGUGAACCUUAGAAUUGAAACUAGUUACCUCUUCUGUAUAUUCAAAAUCAGUUUUUCCAGAGACCUGCCCUGCUAAAUGCUUACCAGAUCUGGUUUUGGAUUUAAUUCUUUUCUCAUCAGAAGUCAUGAUUACAAACACUUCUCCUUUCUCUAGGGAAGACACCAUAUAAAAUGGUAGAAUUGCAUCUUCAUCUUGUGUGCCACUGGUUACAAGAAACUAAAUAAUGAGUAUAAUCCUGAGCAUUAAUGGAUAGUAGAAAUAUAUUUACUUAUAUGGGAUUUUUUUUUUCAACCAAAAUUCUUCCCUCGAAGGAUCACUGAGUUUUCAGACUUUCUGAGUGUUCCUUCCCUUCCUCUGGCACCAUCUUCCUUGUCCAAGUGAAUGUAUUGCUGCAUUGAGCCAGGUCUGUGACUAAGCUAGGUUGAUAACUGGAACAAUGUCAGUGCUAUAGGGAAAUCAAGGGAAAUGUUUUGAAGCAUCAAAAACUAACUUUGUGAAGUUUUUUUGUUCUAGCUGAAACUGGACUUGAGUUCCCAAAAUUUCCUCUCCACUCUUCUUGAAGUUACAGACUGUAGGAUAUUUAUUAUUAACAAGCAGUGGCAUUUCAGGUACUAAUACUAGAACUGGUAUUUCUAAUUCACCUCAGUGAUUCUCCAAGUGUCUAACUGUAAACUACCUCCAUGGUGCUCUCUGUCUGUAUAUUGGUCCCCUACGAUUUAUGUUGAAGGAGACACUGUUCUUGUUCUGCCAAAACACCAUUUAAGUAGUCAUCAGUCAUUUUCUAAAAACUAUCUGAGCCCGUAAAUACCUGAAACAAUUAAAUGUUGUAUGUGUUCCCCAAAAUAAAUUUUAAAAGUUUAUAACUGUUA